AUGUCUUCUCUGUUCGGUCGAAUUGACGUUUGGGGCCUUUUAAAGCCCAUUUUAGAGAGUGAUCUUGGUGUCAUUGUCAUCGCUCUUGGAGGAUUCAUCUUGGCAAAAAAAGGAUUCCUGUCAAGAGAAGCUCAAAAGACGAUUUCCAAUCUCAACGUUUACUUCUUUACACCAUGUCUGGUUUUUGAAAAAGUCGGUAAUGGCUUGAAUCUAAAAAUGCUUAUUGAUCUUUCUUUACUGCCUCUUUUCUAUGUGGUAAUCACUACAAUUUCUAUACUGGUUUCUUACAUUAUGGCUCGUAUGUUUGGACUUAGCCGUCGACAACGGAAUUUUGCUACCGCAUGCAUUGCCUUUCAAAACUCCAACUCUCUUCCUUUAGCCUUAGUUACUUCCUUGGCGAAUACGGUGGAAAGUCUUAAAUGGGAUAAAAUUCCCGAUGACAAUGCUGAGAAAGUGGCUUCUCGUGGUAUUAUGUAUCUUUUAAUUUUCUCCCAACUUGGUCAGGCUUUACGUUGGUCAUACGGUUAUAGAAUUCUCCUGUCACCCAACCAACCUGAUGAUGAUGAAGAUUAUGAUCAUCUAUGGGACCGUAGGAGUGCUCAUGAGGAAGAAAUCGAGAAUUUGUUGACCCCCAACGAACGCGAAGAUAUUAGUCAUUUGAAUUUACCAUCUUCUAGUGGGUUAUCACAGUCUGAAAAUGCACAAGUAGCCGCUGAGGACGCCGAGUUUAGGGACUCCAAGUUUAAAAAGGCAGUUGUUCUUUUACUAGACUUCUUCAGCCCUCCGUUAUAUUCUUUAUUUGUUGCUCUUUUCAUUGCCGUUAUCCCCCCCUUGCAAAGAUUCUUUUUUGAACCAGGCUCUUUUGUCGAGUCCAGUGUUACCAGUGGUAUUCGAAUGGUAGGUGAUGUUGCUGUGCCGUUGAUUUUGGUGGUCUUGGGUGCUAGUCUUGCAACAGAUAUUACAAAGACAGAGGGUUCAGAACAGCCUACCAAAGUAAACGACACACGCGUCCUUGCCGUUAGUCUGCUCGGUCGAAUGGUGGUUGUACCUAUGGUAAUCUUGCCCGCUUUUUCCUUGUUAUCUUACUUUAGUAAAAUUAGCACAGUGGAUGAUCCAGUUUUUGUUGUCGUUAUUUUCCUUUUGGUAGGAAGCCCUACUGCUAUUCAACUUACCCAAAUAUGUCAAUUGAACGGGGUUUUUGAGAGAGAAUGUGCAAAAGUCCUUUGGUGGUCUUAUGCUAUUUUUACACCUCCAAACUCUUUGAUUCUUGCUUUUACCAGUCUUUUGGUUGUUGAUUGGACAAAAUAA